AUGGCAACUCAGAGUAUGGUGCAAAAUAUGCACUCUUUGCACUUUAAACCAUUAGAUGAAUCCCAACGAAAUCAAUCAACAAGAAUUUUACAAGCGAAAACACUGAAAUACUCCGAACGCGCCAAAACUUUUCAUCUUUAUACAAACAAAACGGAUGAGCGCAUUGAGGAUGAUACUUUGGCUGUCAAAUAUGAGGAUGGCAGAUGGUCGAAGCCGUAUUACGAUUGCGGCGGUGGCAAUAUUUGGAUGUUGACAUAUACCGUCCCAUUUUUCGGUUACGAAAAUGACACUUAUCAUUUCAA